UUUCCUACUAUCAGCGUUUGCGAUUUAUACAAUAAGUACGAAUUAGGACCUGAUAUUGAGGAGUAUGUGGCAAGUAUGGAACCUUGUGGCUUGGAUUGUUACAAUUAUGAGAUCGAAACUCAUAUUGCUUUCAUAAUGUAUCCUUAUUUUUAUCACGAUGGAGUGAUCAGGGGACGUUGUGAACAAUACGAGAAUUGCGGAGAGAAUUGCGCCAAAUGUCCGGCGAAUAAUUAUCGGGGCCUAUUGGAAAAAUUCGGAGCCAAUUGUUCUAGCUUGUUUAACGAAUGCAGCUUGUCAUAUAAAAGUUUCGAUUGUUGCAAGUAUUUCUUGCCUUUAAUUACACCAUUUGGUAAAUGUUUUUUAUUGAAUUCCUUGCAAAACAAUAAAAAGGGUAGUCCUACGUGGUUUAAGAGUAUGAUAAAUCCGGCUUAUCAAAAACCUAUAAUGACUAUAAAUUCGAAACGGCCUAUCCAGGUUAGUAUUUUAAAUGAAGAGGACGUACCCCAUUACGCGUUACCAACGGUUAAAGUGGAAAUUAUGCAACCGGGUCAACGUAAGAGUUUUCAAUUUUUUAUUGAAAACAUGAUCAAUGAUCCAGGAGUAAGGGAUAUAUCGCCUCAUUACCGGCAAUGCCGGUUUGCGGACGAGCUUGUUGAUGAUACCGGCUUUAAAGCUUACAGUUUCAGCUCGUGUAUGGCCGAUUGUGUGCGCCAACAUCAAAUGGCUUUGUGCAAUUGUUCAGCUUACAGCUUAAUGCCUACGCCUCUGGCUAAGUAUCCUGAUUGCGACCUAAACGGUUAUAUGUGUUUAGAGCGCAACUAUAUGGUAAAACGUGAUGCGAAACCCUUGCUACCCUGGUCGGAUAGUAAUCACACUUGCACUUGUUUGCCUUCGUGUACCGAAAACGACAUACGCUCCGUGUAUGAGUCAAAUUCAGAAACUGAACCAGGAGCGAAGGACCUACGCAUAGACAUUAUGAUGUCCAAUCUACCAUCGGAACGUUAUCGCCGUCAGGCGUUACGAUCACGUUUAGAUGCAGUCGUUACCAUAGGCGGUAUAUUGGGAUUGUUUUUGGGUGCCAGUCUUUUGAGUGGUCUUGAAUUUUUGUACUAUUUCACUAUACGUUUAUGGAAUGAUGUGAGGAGAGCGCGUCGCCAACAAUGAAUGACAAUUCAUUUUAAAUUUAAAGUCAUUUAUUUGUUUAUCGUUUGUUUUCUUGUUGCUUUACGGUCCUCGUUUUUUUGCUAUGAAAGUCAACGUCAAGUUAAGGAAAGUUUUUAAUUGCAUUGCUCGAGGAAAGAUACAC